GGAGCUGAUCUUGAGCCUUGCGGUGAUUCUGUAUCCUGUACUUCAGUCCCAUCUGCAACACCUUCCUCUAAAAACAGACGUAGAUGCACCUCAGCAGCCGGCACUUUAAGCAGAAACAGACGGAGAAAACCAGCACCAGACAGCAGUGAGCGUCUCUCCUGGCUGGACCUUCCCAGACAGGACGGAGCCAGCGGUGCUCUGUCCGUCCCUCGGCUCCAUGUCGAAGAUAAAAGAGAAGGUGGUGCCAUCCAAGAGAAGCCACCUGAUGAGAUGGAGUGCCUCUACAACCACCUAAAAGCAGCCAGCUUGUCUCCGACUGGACAGUCCAAUCAGAGGGACUUCAGAGCUUCGUUCAUCCGACGAUGUCAGAACGACCAAGUCAACGAAAAGCUUCACCUGCUGCGAAUCCUGAGCAGCACAUUAAAGGCUAAAGAGUCGGAGCUGCUGGCGGUGGAGCAGAUCCUCGGUGACGCCACCCUCACGGCGCCCACGUACAGGAAGUGGAGACUGUCCAACUUGGUCCUGCUGCAGGACAUGAGUGGACACAAGCAGCAGGCAGCAGGAGGCUCCGAGCUCCGGGCCCAGGACGGAGUGUGAGCAGAGACCACGGCCCAGUUCACAGCAGGGAGGCAUCUGACAAACACUGUUUUACACCGCUGUGAUCCAAAGUCUGUCGGUGACCACAAACCGUACAGCCCAGUUCCUGACCAGGAGAGAUGCUGGACAGAAAGCAGGCUCAUGUGUCGGGUCAGGCAGCGGUGCUGUGUGUGUUCUGAAGGGGAGCUUGUUUGUUUUUAAUGCUUUUCCUUUCAUUUCAUUUGGAUUCAGAGAUGCAACCUCCACCGUUACUCCUUCACUGGUGCCUUCUCUUUCAACACCAUAUGUCCCUCUGGAGGAGGAUGUUUUUGAUGGAAAUACUGGUUCAGUGUGGAUGGAGGCUAAAAUCCACUCAUCUAUUUUACAUUUUUCAAUCUGCACUUCCCACAAGAUGGAAUCUGUACUGUGGCUGUCUCUUAUCAGGAUCUUAUAGCGGUUAUUGCUGUAUGUGUUUUAAACGUUUUGCAGGAAAACAUUGUCGGAGUGGCACAAGCUGCCCCAUCCAUGGAGCUCAGUAAGGACUUUCUGUGUUUUGAGGUUAAUAAAAUAGUUCAAAGAAAACCUCAGUCUACAAGUUUGUGAAGCUCAUAACAUAUCAGUAAACUAGUGAAUGAAAAGUCUCCAGUUUGGUUUGACAGUGGAGCUGAAUAAAGACACACAAGGAAGCUCUGAUGUAGAAGAGUGAGACUGACCCGGGAGCUGCAUGAAGCUGCUGUGCUGGAAUAAAAAGAGAAACACUCAGUGACUGUGAGCACACCAGCAGUUCAGGGUAAUGUUUAAAAUCUGUCAAGCCUUUUCACAUGAAUACAGGCAGCCACCAAUACAGAUUGUAAAGAGGAAACGUCCUGCAGUACCAUUUUCCGCCACAUCACACAGCCAAUAGGCUGGUGGCGCUGUUUGAAUAUUUAGGUAUUUACACACCAAAGUGGUUUCAAAGUAUUUCAGGCACAUCCAGUUAGGAGGAGAACCUGAGGCAUACCCAGGACAUGCUGGAGUGACUGUGGCUCUGAGCUGCCAGGGGAAUAUUUUGGUAUUGUCCCUUAAGAAUUAGAGGAGGUGGUGGGGCAGAGGGACGGGUGCACAGCUCAGCUUAGACAUGUGUGUGUUUGCAUAUAUGGAAAACCAGCAUGAAGACACCCAGAUAUGUUGGAAUUGACUGUUUUUAUUGAAAAUCACAAGAUUUUCUGACAUCUCUUGAGUUCAACAGAAAUAUACAGAGUGAUGUCAUCUGCAUACAAUGUGUGUCUGCAGUAUUUAUGUUUGGACACAAGUUUCUCACAGUGUGUAGAUGGUUUUCAGUCACACUUCCACAGCUGAACGUAACACUUUUACAUUUAAAAAUUUAGCAAUGAUCUGCAAUGUAGUUUGGAGUCAAUAUACAUCUUGAUUUAAAGUGAAGUGACAUUCUCAAACCAUGAAAAUGACCCAAACCAACAACUAAUGCAUCCUAAUAACAAGUAUUGUAUGUGUUUCCCUCUUUGUUGUUGAGCUCCAUUACUGUCCAAAAACUAUUACAAGCACUUGUGAACACUG